UGCAGACAGCUGUGUGAUUUUAUGAUUUACAGUAAACCAAGACUAGAGUUAACAAUCGCCAUGUGCCCGCUGCAGGAACAGAUGGAAGAACAUGAGAGGGGAAGAGCCACUCGACUGUUCACAGAGCUGACGAGAAACACAUGAUUCUUCUUUCUAAAGGGAUUAAACCACUCUACUGAGAGAGACGGUGAAGAGGACACCACACUUAUUCUUUUUUUUUUCCAAGUGGACAAUAGAAAUAUUUCACAAAGAGAAAAUAAAAGACUCUGGAAGACAAAAGAAGGUAAUUUGCACAGCUGAAGCUUUUUCCUGCCUGUUGAGCAUAGGAUUAAGAGAAGAAAUUAAGGGCAAAGAGAGUAUUAUUUUUUUGAAGAUUUUAAACUGACAAGCAGGAUCUAAACAUGAACAACAGCAGCAGCAGCUGUGAGAAAAAUGAUGACUUCAAGUACCCUCUAUACAGCGUGGUCUUCAGCCUGGUGUUUGCAGUGGGACUUUUAUUCAACGUAAUAGCGGCGUACAUCUUUCUUUGUACACUGAAAGUACGGAAUGAGACCACCACAUACAUGAUGAACCUUGUGGUCUCGGACACCCUCUUCGUCCUAAGCCUGCCUUUUCGGAUUGUGUACUUCAUCAAACGAAACUGGAUGUUUGGCGGCGUCCUCUGCAAGAUUUCCGUUUCCCUGUUCUAUACCAACAUGUACGGCAGCAUCCUCUUCCUCACCUGCAUCAGCAUGGACCGCUUUCUAGCCAUUGUGCACCCAUUCCGAUCCCAGAGGAUCCGCACAAAGAGGAACGCCAAGCUGGCCUGCUUAGGGGUAUGGGUAGUGGUUCUCUCUGGUAGUAUACCCAUUGGGCUAUACCUGGACACCACCUCAGAAGCAAACACCAAUUCUAACGACUCAAAAUUCUGCUUCGAGAACUACUCGAAAAAUCAGUGGAAGACUGAGCUGUCGAAGGUGGUGGUUUUUAUUGAGACCGUGGGUUUCAUCCUACCACUGAUGCUCAACAUAUUUUGCUCGGUGAUGGUGUUACGGACACUGAGGAAUCCUCACACAAUCAGCCGCGGGGGGAGCCUCAACAAGGCGAAGGUCUUGAGGAUGGUCAUCGUGCAUCUGCUCAUAUUCUGCUUCUGUUUCAUUCCGUACAACGUUAAUCUCAUCUUCUACGCGAUGGUGCGCACCAAAGUCUUACAGGGGUGCAAUGCAGAGGAUGUGGUCAGAACUAUCUACCCCAUAGCUCUCUGCAUAGCAGUGACCAACUGCUGCUUUGAUCCAGUUGUUUACUACUUCACUUCAGAGACAAUUCAAAGCUCCUUCAAGCGAAAGUCGACAGUUUGGUAUCACGGGACCAGACUAUUUCACAAACUGCAAACAGACAGCUCACAAACCAGUUCAAAUACGGCAAUCACGAGGGCACCAUCAACGGGCAUCAGAUCCAAAAUAAACGAGUCGACUGUUUGAUGACAGCUAUACUGUUAAUAUGAGCAGUAACCCAACAAGUAGAGUUGGUAUUUGUAAAACUUGAAUUGAAGCACAGUGACUUUGAAGUCCAAACAAAUAUAGUAAUAAGGAGUUACUCUAAACAGAAUACACCAGACUUUAGACUGAGAUUAAGGAUGAUGAUCCCUAGGAAGCAAUAAAACAGAAGAACGGUGUGUUGCAACUUUUUAUAUAACAGCUUAUGCCUGGGAAAUGGGUGUGUAAAUGACCAAUUUACAUGCUCUAAAUAAUUGUCGCACAUGUGAUGUUGUGUCUGUAAUUUUAUUUAUAAGAGCUGAACCAGAAUUAUUGCUCUUUUAAGGUGAUGUAGUAUGACAUUUGUAGUCAUUUGUGUAUUCUGUAGUCACAUUAAGCCCAAUGUGCACCUUACAGCGUAGCAUGCUUCGUAAUGAAUUACAAAUUGAGUAAAUAAAACAACUUCUAUUUUAUUUAAGAUUCGAGUUGAA